AUGAACAACAAGACUAGGCUGGGUCUGUCUGGCAGCGUGUUGGUAGACGACUCUAAGGAGCUGGCCUUCAGUGCCCAGGUGUCAACCACCAAGAAGAAGUCACUUCUCACAUACAUGCCCAGUCUAGAGAUACGUCAACCUGACAAGGAAGACAUCGUGUUUACUGGCCUCGUCGUGGUCAAUGGAAGAAAAACAGGAGACCUCGAUCUGUCCUUGGCUGGAAUUAGCAAAGACACUAUCACUUUGAAAACCACACUGACAAACACUAAAACCGAAAAGAGUUUCAAGGGAGUGUUCGGCUUGUGUCCGAAGCGGAGAUACUCAGCAGAUAUUGGACUUAUUCUGCAGGAUAACAGCAACAAAAGAACCAUGUUGAAGAUCAUUCCAACCCUUGUAAUUCGAGAUCCAACCAAAAAUCUGAUUUCACUGACGGGAUCUGCGGACUUCAAACAGGACAAGUCCCUAAGAAGCAGCUUGUCACUGUCUGUAGCCAAGUAUAUGAACAAACCAACAACCAUAAAAUGUAACUGGCGUAAAAUGAGUGGAAAACGACUUCGACACAAUGCUGUGUUGAUCUUCACGUCUAAGUACGCGUCUGUGAAAAUGACAGGACUGUUGGAUAAGAAAGGAAAGGGAAGUGCAUCUCGCCUAACGAUUGACUACAGUCUUCCACUGCUAAAACGUGACAACAAAAACAGAAUUGCCUUUGGCACAAAAUUCACAGAGCGAUCGACCAAAACGCUGUUCAAGCAAAAAUACAAUGUGAAUCUUGACGUGAAACGCAACCCAGAACUGAACUUUGACACCAGCGUUGAUCUAGCACACAACAGCCGUGUCACAGAUGUGUCGUUCAAGAUGCAGUAUGGGAAAAACUAUAAAGACAUCAGCAAGAAGAUUACAGCACUGGCGGUGAUCCGACACAAGUUGAUCAAGUCAUCAGCUACAAUCAGCUAUCUGCUGAAGACCCAGUGGCCUGCACAGAAUCUGAAUACACAAGUGAAAGGAAACCAUAAACACGAUCGUAAAUACUUAAAAUCAUCAGUCACAGCGAAAUGUGGGAAAGGCAAGACAUUUGAUGCUACCUUUGAUCUGAAAGAUCUCAGUAGAAAACUCGUGAAGAAAACCGUCGCAUUCACCUGCAGGUAUCCUGGAAAUGACAUCAACUUCCAGUCCAGUCUUACGCAGAUGAAUCCGAAACAUUACCAGCAUAGUGCCAAUCUGAAGGUUGGCAAAUCCAAGUCCAGCAUUAUGACCGUGCUCCGACAUCAGACACCCACAGAGUACGAACUGUCGUCUGAUAUCACCGUCCACAACACAAAGCCGGUUCAUUUGAGUGGAAUGGUCAAUCUCAGCAGAGAUGACUUCAAAGCGUCGGGACAAGUUGCAACCAGAGGCAAGAUCUACAGCUUCAAAUCUUUACACAAAUACUCCAAGGGAUCAGCAGCUAAAUGCAUGCUAGAUGUGGCAUACCCAGACAGGCAUAUCAUUGUUGGUUUUGAAGGAAAGAAAGAUGGAAAUCAUUUGUACAAAACAAAACUUGAUGCCAAGUGGGAUGCUGAUAAUAAUCCCAUGCAGAAUUUACAGUUCACUAGUAAAAUGAAUCUGACGUCUUUGUAUGACAUGGACACUGCUUUGACUCUAAAGUAUCCAGAACAAACUCUAAUGUUAAAUUUUAAAACUGGCGGAUAUUCAGAUUAUAUAACUCACCUUGAUUGCUCAUGGCAUCCAGAUAAAAUGGUUUCAGUUGAUACCACGUGGAAGUAUAAAAAAACAUACCCAGAUCUAUUGUUAGGUACCAGCCUCAAACUUAAGACACCGUUCACAGUUAUUAAUGAUCUUGAUAUGAAUGUGGAUAUUAUAAACAAUAAACAAAAGUUAACAUCUAGUGUGGAAUCUACAAUGAACAACCAAAGCCAUCAUUUCAGUAUGGACUUGACUGUUCAAAAACCAGUUUCCCUUAAAAAAGCUGCUGUUAUAAUUAAUACAGUUUCAUCUGUUAAAGGAAUAAGAAAUGCAGCCCUAUCCAUUGCUUAUGACCUUAGUGACACUUUAAAUUGCAAUAUUCAAGGUUCGCUAGAGAAAACUGAAACUGAAUUGUCUAUUGUUGGAAAGGCCAAUUGCAACAAAGCGGCAAGAGAUAUUGAAGGGAUAAUCAUAUUUAAUUCAAAUAUUCCUUUUUAUGAAAAGUGUAAGUUUACGUUGAAACACAAUGAUGACAGUAACAUGUUUACCACUAAUGUAGCUUUACAGAUUAAUACAGAGCAGUGGACAUCUGAUUUAAAUGUGAACCACUCUCUGGAGGACUGGAAUAUGAGGAAUUCUGGCAACUUACUGAUGUCAUCCCCUCAUGGGCGCGUUGUAAGUAACUGGAAUCAUGCAAAUACACACAAAAAUGUGCAAACUAAAAUUACCUCUGACUGGGGCAACAACAAACGAUUUUAUCUGGAACUCACUGGAGAUCAUUCCUCAGACACCAGGAUCAAAACUAUUGGCAGGCUGCAGGUUCAGACACCAUGGACGAAGAUGAACCAUCUUGAAGUGGAUGUUCACAAUGAAUUUGGUGCCGGCUUUUACCAUGCUAUUUCUCAUGUUAAGAAAGAAGGGGAAAACAAACUGGUAACAGAUGUCUACUAUUUUAGAUCAGAUGGGAAUGUUGAUUUUAACAUUGAUAUGAAGACCCCGUUUUACGACAACAUCGCACUUAAGCUCAACACCAUGUACAAUGUAUAUCCAGUUACUGGACAUAUGGAACUGGAGUGGUCUUCCAAGAAGCAUGUCACUGCAGAUGGUUCUCUAGUCACUCGGUCACUAUCAGACUUUGCUGCCAAUGUUCGGGUUACAACUCCACUAAGAGGCUACAAAACCAUUAUUAUAAAAGCUACAAACAGGAAGGAAGGAAAAGAAUGGAUAUCAACUUCUAGUAUUGAAUAUGGCAUAAGGAAAACCUUGAAAAUGGAGGCAAGGAUGCAGUUUGAAAAACGUAAGAAGUUUUGGGUGAAGGUAGAAACACCUUUUAAAAACUACAAGAAGAUGCAUACUGGAAUACAGUUUGAAUUGAAUCCUCAUCAGUUUACUGGUAAAGCUGAGCUGGUGGGCAACCCAGUGAUUGGUAAAUAUGGUGGAGUUCUUUUCUGGGACACUGAAAAGGAUUUUAGCUGUAAGUGUAGAUUAGAUACAGGUUUGAAAGUAUUUCCAUAUUUGGAAAUAGUAGCCAAGAGUACAAAAGGAAGAAAAGGACAAAACUCACGAAUACAAAUAGAGUAUUCACGGAAGAAAUCUUUUAUUUUCACAUCCACAUAUCAAUUUACAGGACCAUUAUUGUUAGACAUAACUGUCAACACACCAUAUCAGAAAUAUAAACGGAUGACAUUAUAUUUUAAGCAUUCAUUGGGAAGACAGAGAUUUACCACUCAUGUGGCAGCAAGUAGAUCCACUGAUAAACUGAGUGGUAAUAUUAAAUUCCGAUGGAACAAGGACAUUGAUGGAACAAUACUGAUUAAAACACCAUUUGAAGGUUAUAAGUCAAGCAAGAUGAGCAUGCGUCAUAGUGGAAAACGUCUUAAUUUUAAAAACCAAUGCAAUUUAGAAAUCCAUGGAGAAAAACUCAUCCAGACAGCUAUUGAAUUUGUGCACAACAAAAAAACAUUAGGAAGUAUCAGCCUAAAAAGCAGCAGGUUUGAUGAUGUUAAGUUGUCGUUGGACCAUCAAGGUGGUCUUGCUAACUGUAUAGGAAGUGUAUCGUUCUUGCAAGGUGGAGUUCCAGUACUCGACAUCACUCUUCAAAAUCAGUACAAAACAAACACGCUAGAUACUGAACUAAACGUGAGAAGCUCGCAUUUUGAAGAUGUCAAAUUAACACUCGACCAUCUUGGUAACCUGAAACGUUUCUCAACGAAAAUCACAGGGUCCAUGGGGAAUAAAAACAACUUUCUGUUGGACACCAAAUUCCAUCACACUAAACCAGUGACUGACUUCAAUACCUUGUUCACUUACACAGUUGGUGGACAGAUUAACAAUGCUGGAGCUCAUCUUUACAAAGAUGGCACCCUGAGCAAUCUUAUGACCAAAUUGUCUGGAAACAUUAACAAACAUUUUGUAAAUGUCAAGACCGCAUUAAUGACAGAGGGCAGUGUUGAUGCAUCUGUAACUAUUCAGACAUCAUUUGAAGAUUUUCAGAACCUAGGCAUGUCUUUACAGCACUCUGGACAAGUGGAUAAUUUUGUUGUUGAAAAUAGCAUUCAGUAUAUGGAUGGCAAAUACAUUCAAAGUAAGAUUUCAUUUAAGACCACUGGUCCAAAAGAACUGGAUGUUAAGGUUGAAAUUGAAACACCAUUUGAAGCCUACAGACAUGUUGUUGUUAACCACAACCAUCUUAUUAAGAAACAAACAUUCACUUCAGAAAGUGGUUUUAAUGAUAAACAAAUAAAAACAAAAGCCAGUAUUAAACACACAAGCUUGAAACACACACAUGUUGAGGUGAAAAUUGAAACACCUUUCAAAGGAUACACAAAAACUGUUCUGAAGCAUUAUCAUAUUCUGACUGCUGAAUCAUUCACAUCUAGUUGUGGAUAUAAUCAACAUAUUAUUGGGACUAAGGUAAAGUUUCCACAAUUUGAAUUGAAGAAUGUUGAUGUGACAAUCGAACUGACAACGCCUUUCACUGGGUAUGAGUACUCUGUGGUGGAACACAAACAUCAGCUCCAAGAUACGCUGUUCACGUCAAAUACUCAGUAUAAUGACCAGUCUCUGAGCUGUGUCAUCAGCUGUGAACAUUACAGCGCUAAGUAUAUGGAAACUAAAAUUGAAAUACAUGCACCUAUUGCUGGAUACAAGAACAUCAUGUUCCUUCACAAGCAUCAGCUUUUAGGCAAGUCUCUGGUCAUCAAUACAGAAGUAAAUUACGGUGAUAGUCAAAGAGGAGUUGUAGAUGUAUCUGUUUAUCUUGAGCCCAAUGUAAAGAUAAAUGCAGCAAUCCAGACACCAUUUACUUAUCUCCAGAACGCCAACCUAUUGGUUGAACAGAAAGAUGACAGGAUUAGCUGUACGGGCAGUGUUCAGUACGGAGGUGAUAAAUCAAUAGAUGGAGCUGCAACGUUCUUUAGAUCUGAAUCCAACAUGAUUGAAGGUCAUGUAACAUUACACACACCCUUCACAGGGUACGAGGAAAGCAAAGCAACUUGUACAUAUCAUCUUACAAGGAAUGCUCUGUCCAUGAAAGGAAAAGUUAUUUAUGGAAAUGGAAGAACCAUUUUAGCUGAACUAAAUGCAUUGAAUGUUGAAGCCAUGAAGUUAAAUAUUAUCAUAAAAACACCAUUUGUUGGUUUUGAAAACAGCAAAUUUGUGUUUAGUCAUGAAGGUGCAUUGAAUGAUUUUAAAUGUCACCAUGAAGCAGAACUAGCUGGUAAAGAAAUACAUGCUGACUUCUCUCUACUGCAUGGAGUCUCCACCAUUGUGAGCUUCAAUAUGACUACAAACAACCCCACACUGAAACAAGCUAAACUGUCUAUCGUAAAGCUUGGUGGUUAUAGAAAUAUGGAAUUCAAUGCUGAUGCGACACUGAAUGAUGCGUCGAUGAAGGGCCAUCUGUCAACAAGGGUGGAAAAGGAGGUGUGUUCUACCAGCAUGUCCUUCAGCAGUCCAUUUACAGAAAACAUUGUCGCAAGUGUCGAACACAACUGGAGGCCUACUGGAUUUACUACAAAACUAUCUUCUGGUCUUGGACAUGACAAACAUGUUACAACGUUUGUUAAUUUUAUAAAUCAUGGAACCAUGGUUGACUUAAACAGUGAGGUAACUUAUGUCUGGUUGAGAUUGGCAAAUCAUGCUAGCAUAGGAUUUCACAAAGAAGGCCAGUUGAAUAAUAUUGUCGUCAAUAUGAAUGGUAAAUACGAUUCUAAAGUAGUUGAGAUGAGUGCUGAGCUGAAAACAAUUUCAGGAGUUCAUGGUAAGCUGUACCUCAAGACACCGUUUGAAAAGUAUCAUAGUAUUGGGAUGUCUGUUGAUCAUUCGGGAAAUGUAAACAACUUUGCUUCAGAAGGCAGGAUAAAAUACAUGGAUGAAAAAGAAAUAUUUGUCAAAAUAAACCAUUAUCGCAAUGCGUGGAAGAGAAUAGAAAGCACUGCAGAAGUUCACAUGCCAAUACCGAAAUUUAAAUAUACAAAGAUUGCAUACAGACACAGUAGUACUGAUAACACUGUCAGCUGCAAUACGGAACUAAGUUAUGGACUUGGUCAGAGGCUUUCCACUGAUUUUCAGCUUUCAUGGUCUCCCAAGUUUGAUAUGUCAUUCAUUGUAGAGUCGACAAUACAUGAAUAUGAACUAAUGGAGUUUCUGACAUCUUAUGAAAAAACAUGGAAAAGAUACAUGCUGGAUACUUCAUUAAAUGCAGGCAAAGGUAGAAAGUAUGCAAUGAUUUCCAUACUAGACUAUACUGAAGCACCCAUUUCGACAUCAUUUCGAAUUUCGACCCCUAUAACAGGCUUUGAAACAGUUGAAUUCACAGCAACACACAUGGGCGAGUUGGCCAAUUUUAGAUCGACUGCAGCAUUCCAGUCACCAUACACAGAUUCCAUUGUUUGUGAAGCAAUGCUGAAAUACCAGUCUAUCUUGAAAUUUGAUUAUAUGAUGGCUCUCACCAGUAAUAUUAAGAACAUGAAGAACCUAAGGUUUGUGGCAAGACACAUGAACGAUUCUGGGCAACAGCAAUCUCAUAUUGAGAUCACAUGGGACCCUACAAAGAGCAUCAUAUUUGAUGAAGUCUUCAAACGUGAAAAUACCUGGGAUGGGGAGCACCUAAUUACUGAUGUUUCCAUAACAACUCCAUUUAAAACUAUGCAACAAUCGGCACUGAAGAUAGAACAUGUGAGGAGUACCGACAAGUACAGUGAUAAGUUUGAAGCCAAAUAUAACGACAGACCUGCAUUUGACAUGGAAGUGGAAUAUUCAACAGGUCCGAGACACGAUGCUUCAGUUUCAACAAAACACCCCAGACCCAUGUCGCUGACAGUUCUCGGAUACAGAACUGACAGUAACAUCGACAGUGAGGUGAUUCUGAACUGGGACAAGACCAACUCCAACAGUAACCUCCAUGCUCAGGUGAUGUACAUGUGGGGAAAGAAUAAAGACAUCAAAUUUAAACUGAUACGACCAUCACGAACAAUCGGUUUCACUGGAUCCCUGAAACACCAAGAGAAACAAACCGAAUGCCAAGGUGAAAUAAUAUGGAAUGAAGACAAAGGCCAAAAACUGACAUAUGGCUUCAAUCUAAACGACCACAGCAGAAGACACAACACGAUGUAUGAUGGCAGCUUGGAGGUGGGUCUGCCCAUCAGGACGGUCAAGGUGACUGGAGCGUACAGCGACAACAGACAAAUACAGACGGUAGAUGGGUCUCUGUACUGGGAUGUUGACGACCCCAGCAAAGAGGUCAGCAUCAGAACGGUCCUGUAUCUCCGUGAAGCUACCAAGAGAGCUGAUGUCACGUUCCAUCUACCAAGCAUUGAAAAGGAUAUCAGAAUUGGAACUGAAAUGACACUGAAUGAGGGCAGAACGAUUUUCAUGGGUAAAACUGAAAUUUCCUACUCUGAGGACAUCAGGAAGUUAUUGACUGUAAUGACCAGUCUAGAAGACAUGUCGGACUCACAGCCAAGUAGGAACUACAGUUUUGUGUUUGGCAUCACACAUCCGUUCACAGAUGUCGAUGCUACCUUCAAAUCGCAGGCUGGCUUCUCUGCUAGCAUGUGUUCUUCAUCGCUUGAUCUCAACUAUCUGACGGCUAAGAAAGAAAUACAAAACUUUGCUCUUAUGAUGGAGAUCAACAAACUUAGAAACCAAAUGGACUUGCAACUUGUAACGCCCAUCAAAAAGAUAAACAUCACUGCUGAGGUUGACACCACCAAUCCGUAUCACCUGCGUAUAAUGAACAGAUAUGAUGACACCAAAGCUGUUACUACCAAUGUCAUGUUAGACACUGCCAGACGAAUGGUUGAUCUGAAGAUAUCUUACGACUUAGAAAACCCGAGCAAGCUGGUACAGUUAACUGCCAAGUACGUGAACAGUAGUGCAAUCCAGGUCGGGCUGUACCACAAGGAUGGCCCUGCCUCGGUGCUUGACAGCGUCCUGGCCUUGAGACUGAACACAUCACAACUGCUGCACGCAAGGCUGCACUGGAGGCCGUCACUGGUGUCUGAGAUAAAGACAUUAUUAGCCACAAAGUCUUUAAUGUAUGGCGAAAGGAUGUCCAUGUCCCAGGCUGAAAUGUCCGACUCUGUUGGCGCUGAGCUGUCAAGUAAAUACCGCCGGAUAACGAUGUCGAUCAGUGAGGAGGCGAAGCCGUUCAUCGCACUGUUGGAGAGCGAGUUGAUCAGCGUGGACCGAGCGCUGGAUGACUUGAGGCAGGAUCUCGGCGCCAUGUACCAGACCAAUGAGUUCUUCAUACAGGACGUUGGGCAAGCAUACAAGACAUUCAUAAAAUACUACACGCGCAUGGUGGGCUACUAUCGUGAAAACUACGGUCUGAUCACGCACAGCAUGUCCAAAUUCCUCAAUGGCAUGGCGACGUUCCCAAUGAAUGAUGAAUAUGAAAUGUUCGUCAACAAUUUGAUGACAAACUCCCAGACUUCCCUGGAUGAACUUCUAGCUAUCUUGGCAGAUGCUGUCAAGAGCAUUGAUGUUGCCAUGAAAGAUCUACAGACGAAGGCUACAGAUAAAUAUACAGCUGUUCAGAAUAGAGUUUCAAAGCUCAUAGAUCAAGCCAAGAGUCACCCCAAGAUAAAAGAGUUCCACGCCAUGUUUGAUACGACCAGCUACAGAACAUUCUUGAUGUCCGUGGCCAGGAGAACGGCUGAUGGAAUCCGAUCGUCAGGUGUUGCCGACAAGUAUGCAUCGGCCGCGACUCGCAUACAAGAUAUUGUCAGCACUGGUCUAAACAUGGCCCUAGAGCAUGAAGACCUAAAACAGCUCAAUGUGUACAGAAACAAUGUAUACCAAGAGAUGUUGUGGGCAUACAGAUACUGGGAUGUGGAAACCAACAUGGCCAAACACUUGACCAGUAUUCUGGACACGCUAGAGAAGGUGCUGCAGAAAGAAAUGGAGGAAUACACCACUCAUGUUUACUGGCUCCAGAAGUCGAACAUAACGGUUUACGAUCCGAAGCACGGAGAGAUCCAAGCUGAAGUUUAUCUUCCAUUUCCUGUAAACUCUCUCGAUACUUUGCCUGGAUUCCAGGCCUACUUUAGGAGCAUCAGAAGUUAUGCUGAUUACUAUGCAGAUAAAAUUAAUAUACUGCAAAAACUGUAUUUGUCUUAUUUCUGGGGAUCAAGGAAUAAGACCACUGAACCGACAGCCGAUUUCAAUGAAGAAUUAAAGACCUAUUUGAAUGCACCUCAGAUAAGGAGGAAAUUAAAAAAGUACAAAGCUCGAAGGAUGUAGAGCUGUGAAAACCAAUGAUCAAUUGACCUCAUUUUCCAACAUGGUCGUGUGAAGACCAUUUAUAUUAACAUUAAUUUACAUCUAAUUUAUUUAUCAGAAAUUGUUUGAAUUAACUUAUCCAUUGUAAUUUUUUACAUAAUAAAAAUAUAGUG